AUGGCAGCUGCAGCUCGGGGAGCUCCUUNUCCGGCAGCACUUUCGCCCCCACCUCUAGAGACCGAAAGCAAGGUGGGACAGUUUGAGGACGGGGCGGUUGUGUUCGAGGUUGAGGGAGGUGGAGACGACGGUGACGAGCUCUGCAAUUGGUUUGGACAAGAUGCCAUGGAGCAGGUGGAUGUGUGUCUGGACGCGUGCAGUUCCGCGUCUGAGGGGCUCAUCUUUGGGGGAUACGCUGGCGACUCGGCUGACUGCACGUCGUCAGAAGAGUCCAACAUGGAGUGGAGCGACGUGGAGCAGAAGUUGGAGCAGACGCCGAAGCAGCCGUCGCAGGGAGUGUUGCAGAAUCCCGAUCGGUGCGCAGAUCGAGAUUCCGCCGAACUGUUGCCGAACAGCGGAAAUCAUGCCGCAUCCAGCCGGCGGCUACUGCCGCGGCGCGGGCGCGGAAACCGCGGCCAAAGGGCUUGCCAGCUGGCCCAGGAAGAGGAAAGAAGGAGAAGCAAUGUAACCCCAAGCGCAGGAGAGUGUCUCGCAAGGAGCAACGAAGGCGGGAGAGGAGGUCGAAGAAAUCCGGGAGACGGCGCGCAGUGCGGGAAGCGGCGCGUUUGAAGGUGCAGCAAGAGCGGCUAGAGAUCUUCGAACAGGCGAAGGGUAUUCUUUUUCCGGUGAGCAGCGUUAGGAGUAGACACAACAAUGGUGUUCAUGACUACUGCUGUGUGGACUUUGCAGCUGUGAUGUUGCCGCAUCUGCUUUCAUUUGUGGCAAGGGUGAAAAAAUAUCCCCAGCUUUGCCGACUCUCUCGUGUGUGAGUGUGUGUGUGAAGGCAGGGGCCUGUUUUGUGUCGUUUUGUGUGUAGUGACAGCAGGUGGUGCGUGCUUUCAUGUGAUCACAGCCCCAUGAAGAUAUGCCUAGAUAAAAACAUGGGUGGUUGCGUUUUUUAAGUUGAAAAUUCACGCACAUGUUCAAAUUGGUGGGGCUGC